CGCCCCGUUGCGCAGGCGCGACUCGGGCUGCGCGGCGACGAGUGGCCGGCGUGCGGUCUGGGGUGGCACGAUGCGUCCCGCCAUGCCUUCGGCUGAGCUCCAGUUCGCGCAGCGCCUGGCGUCCAGCGAGAAGGGCAUCCGCGAGCGCGCGGUGCGGAAGCUGCGGCAGUACCUGAGCGUGAGGACGCAGGGCGACACAGGAGGUUUCAGCCAAGAAGAACUCCUGAAGAUAUGGAGAGGCCUCUUCUACUGCAUGUGGGUACAGGACGAGCCCCUUCUGCAGGAGGAGCUAGCGAACACUAUUUCCCAACUCAUCCAUGUCGUUAACAACUCAGAGGCUCAACACUUGUUCAUUCAGACCUUCUGGCAGACCAUGAAUCGUGAGUGGCAGGGGAUAGACAAGCUGCAACUGGACAAGUACUGCAUGCUGACCCGCCUGGUUCUGAGGCAGUCCUUCGAAGUUCUCAAGCGAAAUGAUUGGGAAGAAAGCCAAAUCAAGAUUUUUCUUGAUGUCCUGAUGAAGGAGAUCCUGUGUCCUGACAGUCAGUCCCCAGAUGGAGUGAGAGUCCACUUGGUAUCCAUUUAUCUGGCUGAGCUUUCUACCGUAGGAGGGAGAGAGCUUUUAGCAGAUCAGAACCUCAAAUUUAUUGAUCCAUUUUGCAGAAUUGCUGCCAAGACUAAAGACCACACACUGGUACAGACUAUAGCAAGGACUGUUUUUGAAGUCAUUGUAGAUCAGUCUGCUUUUGUACCUGAAGAGACUGUGAAAGAGCAGAAAACCAAAGUUGGUGACUGUGACCUCUCAAAAGAAGAGAUCCCUGCAAACAAGAUGGCCUGGAGAAAUGCAGUCCCCGGGAAGAAAGCGGAACUAAGUGAAUGCCUCGGAGAUGGAGUCGGUGAUGGCAGAGACACAGACGGCUUUGCAGCUUUCAGAGACUCGGGGUCACCUCUCCAGUUUGACUAUAAAGCCAUUGCUGAUCGACUCCUGGAAAUCACCAACAAGAAGGACAUCCCGCCUUUCAACCGGAAGCGGCUCUGCAAGCUGAUCAGAAAGUUCCAGAACCUCUCUGCAGCAGGCAGUAAUGCUCAACUUGGUUUUGCUGAGGACAUUUCUGCCAAUGAAAAUGGACAAGCCCUCAGUCAAGGAAGGCACAAGAAAAAAAGAAAGAUUUUAGAGAAAACUGCCUUGGAAAAGGAGAAAGGAAACAAAGUCUUCCUUGCUGAUGAAGAAGACAGUGAAGGCAGCAUUCAGAAGAGAAAAAGGAAAAGGGAGAAGAGGAGCCACUGCCAGCCUGAGGCUCAGGGCCUGGAGGACACCACUGUGCCCCCAGCGCAGGGGGCAGAAAAUGAGCCCAGUGCCACCCAGGGGUGUGAGACAGAGACAGAGACCACAUCUAGCAUCGGGGCGGAGAGCGGCUCCCAGCCGCCCCGCCUCAGGCCCAGGCACAGUAAAAGGAAGCGGCUGAAGAAGAAGAGCCUGAGGGCCCACAGCAAGAUCUGGAGAUCUGCCACAUCACCUCUGGAGGACAUGUCAGAGAGCGACCCGAGCCUCCAUUCUCGAGGCUCUACUGCCAGAGUUUCCUCCUCAGAGACUGUGCAAGUCCUGAAAAAGAAGCGGAGACUCGGAACUCUGCCUGUCAAUGGUGACGGCCUGACCAUGGUGACGAUGCAGAAGACAGGCCCCCCAGCAAGUCCAGUGGAGGGAAAAGACGGCCAGGCCACUCUGCCCCAGUGCAGGAGGCCACAGAAGAAGGCACAGUCCAGCAGCCUCAGCCUCUGUGACCUCUCCUGUCAGAAAACAGCAAUCUUAAAAAAGAGGAAGAAGAGGAAAGAGAUGUCGCACUUGGUGGAACACAACGGAGUGUUAGAGCCCACAGUCAGACAGAUUCAAGCUCUGGGAAGCAGCAGUACCCCAGGCCCUCUGAAGAAGCCGCUCAGAACAGAGAACGACUUUGUGAAGUUUGACACUAACAUCAUACCAAAGCCCCUGUUCUUCAAAAAAGCAAAAGGCAACACUGCCACCUCCCCCUCAGGUCCUGCCGUCCAGCUGAAUAGAACACCACCCAGCUCAAAGAAAGUCACCUUUGGAUUGAGCAGAAACAUGACAGCGGAAUUUAAGAAGACAGACAAGAGUAUCCUGGUCAGUCCCACAGGCCUCUCCCGAGUGGCCUUCAACCCUGAGCAGAAACCACUCCACGGAGUGCUGAAGACCCCCACCAGCUCCCCUGCCUGCACUCCCCUGGCAACCAGGAAGCCACCAGCCACCACCCCAAAGAGACGGCCCAGGGCUGCAGACUUCUUCUGAGAGCCACAGUCCCUUUUUAAAGACUGAUUUUGUACUGGAUACUCUAUAAAUUAUAACUUUUAAAUGUGGGCUUUUUAAUUAUUUUAUAAAUCCCACGAACGGGCACGAGGAUCUGAACCUGAGCUGCUGCUUCGCCCUCCUGCUGAGGGCUGCGGACCGAGGCUCUUGCCAGCCCCACACCACUCUUACUGCAGGGACAAUUCUUGUUGCACCCGUGGAGACACAUUCCCCGGCGCUGAACCUGCCGUGCUAGGUUGCCUUUCUGGUUGUUGUCAGUCUCGCGGUCUGUUUCCUUUUAAGGGCACAUCAGUUUUGUACCCACGCUCUGUGGCGCUGGGCAGUUUUCUGAUAGGGAUAAGCAAUACUAUAGCUUUUCUACAUGUCACCAGCAGGGGUGGACAGGGGUGGGGUGGGGAAGAAGCCACUGUGCUCCAGGCCUCUUCGCUUGGCCUCACCUGCUCCUGUCCCUGACUUCUACCUCUAUAGCAAGCCCAAAGUGUCUUUUCAGGAGGCCAGUGCCCUCUGGCCUCCAGGCCCCUGCCCGCACAGAGCACACUUUCCCAGGCCUUGCACGUGAGCUCUUGUGCUCAGUGAGCCAAGCCCUGCCUGACUUCAUCUACAUCUCCCUCAAGGCUUGUACUAGUGGCACCUGGAGCCCUGGCUCCUGGCAAGAUGGGAAGUUGGCUACUCAGAAGUGCACACACUCCAACUGCCUGUUUCCUAGAACACAGGCCCUGCACUUCCCUAGCUUGAGUUAGUACUCAAGACUUCAGGUGAAGAAACGAACAAAGCCUGCAUAGUAAUUGGUCUUGUGUAAGGGAACUACCCAGAGCCUGAGAGGUAGAGAAGGUGUGGGUGUGAGAUCAGGCGUGCAGUGGAUCACUGGGCCAGGCUCGGCUACUGCAGUUAUCAGCUGCAGACUGACACGCAGACCCGUGGUCCUGGCUCUCAAGCGCACUGUGUGCUGUCAGUCUGCCCUCUGUGCUCAGGGACUCCCCAGGCAGCUCCCACCGGGUUUCCCCUCAGCAGGAACCCCAUUUUAACACUGUCCCCCAGACCGUUCCCGCUGCUUCUCGCAGGACUAUAGGUCACUGGUACAGCUUUGGCCAGUAGGGAGCCACUGGGACUGCAAAGUGGGUGUAUCUGCCUCUGGGUUCACUCCUUCAUACAGCCACGGGAUCUACUUACUUUGUUAGCCCAGUGGACGUGGGUGAAGUCGCUGACAGAAGUGGUAACUGUCCUUUGCUACUCAGUAAUGAAGUGUGUCAGUAGGUCCCAAAAGAGGAACUAGCAUUGUGCUGUUAGUUGUCACAGUAGGUCACGUGCAGUGUAACUUGUGGUUGCAUGGUUUCCGUAUCACGUUCAGAACCAUUUUCCUUAGUCAAAAUACUCGUCCGAUAGAUUUUUAUCAGCUUUAAAGAUAUGUUGUAUAGCCGAGUGUGUUGUGGUCUGACAGCAUGUCACAGGAUGCACCAUGGAGCAGUGGCACGAACUUCAUCACGGCAUUUUGGUGCUCACUGUGUGUCCUGGGGCACCGUGCAUGUCCUGGAAAGUGCACCUCCUGAGAAACUGCUCCCCCAGUGGGAGUGAAGGGUGUCUCUGAGGCCAAAGGUAGCCUCGCAGGUCCUGCCCGUUCUCAGCACCCCGCCCGUCACAUAAAUGGAACGCAUGUCGGACUCCAGUUUGCUACUUGCUGCACGUUGUUUUCUCCAGUAAAAUUGCCAGUGGGCUUGGAUUUUAAUUAAUGCUGGUGACCUCAGUAGUACUGUGUAAAAUGAGCGUCUCCUUCCUCCUUCAUACAUGUGAUGUCAGUUUUGCACAUUUUUGUCAAGCUUAUUAAGACAAGGUCUCAGUGCAUAGCCCAGACCAGCCUCACUGGCAGCCUUCUUCCCACCUCCGCCUCCUGAGUGCUGGGACAUACUUUCUCAUCUGAAGCUGGGGAAGGGACGUCAGGCAGGUCCGGAUGCAGUCGCUGCACUAGGAAGCACAGGGCUCUGUCCUCGGUCUGUUCCGAAUCACCUGAGUGCUGGCGCUGCCACUUGUUUAUGGUCACGUCGCAUUGGUGUCUUCAGGGUUGAUUGGUAUAAAUCAGAGCCAAGUCCAAUUAAAUACGUUUUUGU